AUGAACGACUCGACCUCGACUCCCGCGCCGCAGCAGAAGCGCCAACGGGUGGCUGAAGAGAAUCGCAAACGAGCUGUCAGAGCGUGUGACGGCUGUCGCAGAGUGAAAGAGAAAUGCGAAGGAGGCGUACCGUGUCGUCGAUGCCUUCGCUACCGCCGACAAUGCAAUUUUACUCACAUUGAUCCGGUUGAAAAGAGCCGAUCAACAUCUGUUUCGCUACUUGACCGUGCCGCCUCAGGUAGCCACCAUGAGCUCGUCGAGGCAGAACGUGUCCGCUACAUGGAGCGGAUUCUUUCAUACUAUGCGCCGGGUCUCACAUUCGAUAUCCAAUCGCUCCGUAAAGCUGCCGAGGACCUCAAGAGCAAACACCGGGAGUCGGAGUCGGAUGUGCUUUCAACAAAGGUGGAUGCCAAUGAGCUGGAAGAUUUGGCCAUUGAUGAAGAAGAUUUCACAAUCAAGGCACUUCCCAAUAAUACUGCUCAAUACUCUGGCGAAUUUUCAUAUCUAAAUUUCUCUAUGAAGAUUCGGAAGAAGAUCGACGAAUGGAUGAAGACGGCGGCACCAGAUGCUUCAUCUGAAGUUGAACCAUUUGAAGAUCGAUGGCGGGCCACCCAGCUUCAAUCAGGGUCAUCUUUAGUAUCAUCUUCUAUCACCUGUCUUCCUCCCCGCUAUGUCGCUGAGUUCUUGGUGCAAAUAUUCUUCAAAUAUGCACAGACCAAUAACUUCUAUGUUGAGGAGGAUUGGCUUUGCCAAAAGCUGAAUAUUUGCUAUACCAAUCCCUCCAGCUUGUCAUCCGACGACGCCGGUGCUGUCUGCGCAAUUUUGAUGGUACUUGCUGUUGGCACGCAAUUUGCCCAUAUGGAGUCGCCCACUCCAGUCAAUUGCUUGCCUAUAGAUUCCGCAGCCAAUCAAGACCACCACUUCUCAGAAGAUGAGGUUGGCCUCACAUUCUAUCAGUUUGCGUCAAAAUUGCUACCAGAUAUAAUCGCUACGGCAUCCGUGCGGAGUGUGCAAGCUUGCCUCUUAAUUGGAACCUAUCUGCUGCCACUGGAUACUUCUGGGUUGUGUUACACAUAUUUUGGUCUAGCUCUAAAGUUGGCCAUUCAAAAUGGAAUGCAUCGAAGGUAUCAUGGAGAAGGGCUCUCAUCCCGGAUGAUUGAAACCCGCAAUCGAGUUUUCUGGACAGCUUACACCAUUGAAAAACGCAUUAGCAUUCUACAUGGCAGACCUGCAUCCUUGGCAGAUGCAGAUGUUGAUGCCCCAUUCCCUGUCGAUUUUCCCGGGUUGAUGCCAGCAACACAACAGUCAAACCACACCAACAUGGUGACAUUGAUUACUUUGACUUUGAAGCUUGGCCAAGUCUCAAAUGAAAUUACCUCUCUACGAACAUGCCCAAAGGGUCAACAACAAGAUUGCUUAGAGCGAUUGCUCAACAUUCGCAAACAUCUCAUCGAGUGGUGGUCCACAUUACCUGAGGAAACCAGCUGUCGAGACCUUAAUCCAGCGGGUCCACUAUUCCGGUCAAAUGUACACCUGAAGCUCGAUUACUGUUUGACUCGGAUCUUCAUUGGACGUCCAUUCCUGUUCAGUAAUAUCAAGGCUCUGCAAACACCUAACUUUCAAGCAUUCAAGGGCCCUUCUGGAAUUUCCAAGAUUCGAACUACCCUUGUCACUGAUUGUGUAGAAGCAGCCUUGGAGAUCAUCGAUUUGUGCCGUCUCCUUCGCGAUGAGACUGGUCUUGCUCGCGCGUCGUUCACUGAGUUCAGCUCAUGCCGUGCAGCACUAUUGGUCAUCUUGGCUCAAGGGCUUACAAAACGCACCGAACGCCUUGGAGCAGCUUUGGAGCAAGGUGUAUCCUUGAUCAAGAUUAUGUCAAUGGGAGUUGGCUCUGCCCGCUCAGCCGUCAGCGUUAUCGAAGCACUCGAACGUGCAAUCCGCCGCCUUGAGAUGUGGAGCGAGUCCCAGCAAGCGCAAAGCAAUGGCGGCAGCCUCGAAUCUGCCUAUGAUCGUUUCAAAAAUUGGGAGAUGCUGUGGAAGACAGGGCCUGUCUCGCCUACUACGGCAUCAUCCUGGGAGCAAAAGAAUCCUCAUGUCGGUGAUGGUAUUGGUCUCCCGCAAGGCAUGCCCUCUCACACACCAGCUCCCCUGGGCAUUGAUGCCGUCAUCUCAGGCAUGCCCAUCACACCCUCCACUACUGCUUUACCAAACAGCAACAAUGGGUCCGAUCCGGUGAUUGGCGGACAGGGCCAUGAAAUUUUGAAUGCUGAUAUCCCUGAUUCCGGUGUUUCUCCGGAGAACUUCUCCCUAUCUCAUCAACCGCUUUCACAGCUGGCCCAUUUUGGUUUCGAUCAUUUUGUCUCGAAUUUCCCACAGGAGCUUGGGGAGUUUACUGCGCUUCCCUGUUUUGAACCGGAUGCUCAGGGCAAUUCUUCUACUAUGGUUGGCACGGAAAUGAAAACUCCUACGGGUAGUGCGGAUUCGCAUUGGUUGCAUUUUAUGAAUGAGUGA